ACAGUGAGCAUGUGCAAUUAUGCCAUCAAGACGCUUCCCAUUGGAGCCCUCCGAUUGGUUGUACGUCGUGACGAUUGACGCACACUUUGUUGUGGAGAGCGCCAAACACAGCAAUUAUUAGCAAAAGUAGAGUGGAAGUGCUUAGAACUGCUUUUUAACCCUGCUUGGACUUAAAUUCAGUUAACGGGACUAAUGGCUUCUACAGACAAAGCGCCGUCACAGGCCAGAAAUUUACCUUGGGUUGAAAAAUACAGACCACAGACACUUGAUGACCUGAUCUCACACAAAGAUAUUCUGAGCACCAUCCAGAGGUUUAUCAACGAGGACAAGCUUCCCCACCUGCUGUUCUAUGGCCCCCCUGGAACAGGAAAAACCUCCACCAUCCUUGCGUGUGCCAAGCAGCUGUACAAGGGCAAAGAGUUCAACUCCAUGGUGUUGGAGCUAAAUGCGUCAGAUGACAGAGGUAUUGAUGUUGUACGAGGGCCCAUUCUGAGUUUUGCCAGUACGAGAACUAUCUUCAAGAAGGGCUUCAAGUUAGUGAUACUGGAUGAGGCUGAUGCCAUGACCCAGGAUGCCCAGAAUGCAUUGCGGCGAGUGAUUGAGAAGUUCACAGAAAACACUCGAUUCUGUAUGAUCUGCAACUACCUGUCCAAGAUCAUCCCAGCCCUGCAGUCCCGUUGCACCAGGUUUCGCUUCGGCCCGCUGUCCCCGGAUCAGAUGAUCCCUCGAUUAGAGCAUGUAAUCCAGCAGGAGAAUAUUGACGUAACUCCAGAUGGAUUGAAGGCUGUCGUGACUUUGUCAUCAGGAGAUAUGAGAAGAUCGCUCAACAUUCUGCAGAGCACCAGUAUGGCAUAUGGAAAAGUGACAGAGGACACAGUGUACACCUGCACAGGCCACCCCCUCCGCUCAGACAUUGCCAACAUCCUGGACUGGUCCCUCAACAAAGACUUCACCGCAGCCUACAACCAAAUCCUUCAGCUUAAGACUCUGAAAGGCUUGGCCCUGCACGAUAUCCUCACCGAGGUUCAUUUGCUCAUACACAGAGUUGACUUUCCUCCAGCUAUUCGGAUUGGUCUGCUCAUCAAAUUGGCCGACAUAGAACACCGGCUCGCCUCAGGAACCAACGAGAAGAUCCAGCUGAGCUCCAUGGUUGCAGCGUUCCAGGCAGUGAGGGACCUGGUGGUCAGGGAGGCCUCUUAGAUCAACCACUUUACCCCACAGUGAAAUUCAGUCUCUUGGAUCUUAGCCGCAGCCAUGUGAAGAGAACAUUUUCCAACAACAUGGCCACAGUCAUUUGUUUUACACCAGGGAAAAAAAUCACACCCUGCUCCCUCUGGAAUUCAGGUGGUAUCUCCUUGAAAAGAGAAAACAGUCCUUUAAACAGUAUGGCCAAAGUUCUGUUGGGUCCCAGGUCCUUUCUGGACGUGUUCAGGGUUCACAGUUUUUUCCCUCCAUGUGGUUGUGGUGUGCAAUCAUAGACAGGGGCUAUCUGAGUCACUGACCUGCAUACAAACUGAACAAAACAUAAGGCAGUCAUUUCUAGAUUUACCACCUAAAAUAUCCAUCCUCUGGGCACUUAAUGAAUUGAUCCUACACUGCUUUUCCAUUUGUAUAUAACCGUCACCUGUCCAUCCUUUGUGGA